CCUGAUUUCAAUCAUUGAUUUGUAUUUGAAUUACAUUGGUUAAAAUCUGUCAUGAAAUGAGCCGUAAAAAGUAUACUAAUCUUCAUGGAUUUUAUAAAAGUCAUCCUUAUUAUCUCAAGAGGAAAAGGGAUAGCGCUGACUACAAGAAUUAUCCAAUAAGUUCUAGUGAUUCAUAUUCAAUCCGAAGUCGCGAUCAGUUGACUAGAAGUUCCACCUUUGAUGAGGUAGAUAGUGUGAACUCUGCGUCAUACGAUUCCAAAUUUUCUCGUCAAUCAAGUUUUGACGGUUACAAUCAACCAUUCUCAAGUCGUAGUAGUCUAAGUACAUUUUCUUUGUCAGGAUUAUCCCGAUCCGCUAGCCAGGAUGGAAACUUUUCUGAUUCAAGAGCAUCAUCUCUGACAAGUUUGAUUAACAGUGCAGAAGGAUCACAAAUCUUUUGCCCUGAAAACGCAUAUUAUAGUCCAUUAUUAGAAAAACUAUUUGAGGAUGCAGAAAGUUUGAAUUUAUUACCGAAACAGAGAAUUGGACGUGUUGGUGGUAAACAAAGUAGAACAGAUUCUAGAGGCGACCUGAUUCUUCCAGAUGAUGAAGAGGAAGAAAUACCAUUUGCAAAAUAUACCUUUAAUAAAAAACCAGAAAGUACUGGGAGUAGAUCUCCAUCCGAAAAAUCAAGUAGUUCAAAAGAUUCGCGAGAAUCCUUUGACAAGUCUGCCAAAAGAGCUCAGUAUCUUCAGUCAGCGAGUAAUGACUCUUUUUUAUCCAGCUCGCUGACAUCAAGUCACUUUGAUCCAGAAAGCCCAUCCUCAAGUGGCAAAAUGGAUGGCAGAACAGAUUCCACAGACAGAAGUCACGGUGGCAAACAAGUAUCAUCUCAUUGGACAUCAUUUAAUGCAAACAAUGAGCCAAUAAUAUAUCCAACUCCAAUGCCUCAUGGGUAUCCUGGACCACAGCCAAAUUUUCCAUUUCCUGUCCAGCCAAAUCCCCCCUAUUUUCCUCCUAUGUCAUCAGGACAACAACCACCUGAUCAAGUUCUUAUGAAUCUAGGCUUUGGGGAUGAUGUAGAAAAUUUUCUUCCUGCAAGAUUUGCACAAGACUGGAAACAAAAAAUCAUUCAAAAACAACAAGAAAUGUAUCUGAAAGCUCAAGCAGAACUGUACUAUCAACCAGUUCGUCUGCAUCAGCGGAAUAAUUUCACCCGACAAACUUCAGAGAUAACAAGCUCUGAUUCAUCUCCAGAAAUGGAUUUGACAUCUAGAAGCAGUAUAUCAUCCUUAUCUAGAGCUGGGUCAAAUUCUAAAAUAACCACAUCUAGUACGAAUCCAAAACAAGCAUUGCUUAUUGAAGAGAAAGUUAUUGCAGAAAGACAAUCUAGUAUUCAAAAGCUUAGAGAUUUACUACAAUCAGACAGUGUGAUUUCUUCUGUGAAUAAAGAGAAAUCUGUAAAUGAUUUACGGAGGAGAGAGGCAGAAAACAAAGAAAAAGCAAUGGACUUUAAACGUAAACAGUUUGCAAGGGCUAGACAGAAGUCACUUCCUAUCUAUUUAGAACCUCUAAAUGAAGAAGAUGAAAUUUCAGCCAUUAAAAAUAAGCUGAUUAAGGCAAAAUUACACAUGGAUAGCCAAUCAAAUGGAUCGACUAAAAGUCCGUCAGAAAAUUCUACUUCAGAUCAGAGUGUAUCAUCAAGUGCCAGAGGGUCAGUCUCAUCAAGUACUCGAGGGUCAAUUGGUGAUUCAAAUUUCACAGACUGUGACAUUAACACCUAUUUGAUUGAUACAGAAAAUGGAAAUAAAAGUCUAGAGAAAAUUGAAGAAUUCAAAACAGAGGGAGAUGACAUUAAUCCAAAUGUACCUAGCAUAUGUGUAGAAAAUAAUACAAUGUCAAAUGAAAGUAUUGAAAUUGAUGAAAUUCUAGGAAACCAGCGUAAUGAGUUACAUGUAGAGCCCGCUAUGAUCACUGUUGUUUUAAGUGAUACAGAUUCAAAACACACAGCACCAAGACUUUUGUCUCAUUUGACUCCAAAUUUUCUUGGUUGGGAGAGUGAUGAUAAAAUGUCACGACGUAGGUCAUCAUCUAGUUUAUCCAUUUCACCGAUGCCUUCUUCUCCAGUUACUGUUAUUGAAGUCGGAUUAGAUAAUCAAAACGAUAGUUUGGAAAACGUUACAGAUAGCAUUGAUAUGGACGAUUUUAAUCACAAAGAUUCAUUGUUACAUGAUUUUUCUGCCACUCUAGAAGAAAAGAUAAAUCAUCCAAAGGAAUAUCUUAGAAGAGGGGAUAGUCUACUUUCUCAAUCUAUUGUAGAGAGUGAUGAGAAUGUUGAAUGUUCAACUAUGGAAAAAACAUAUAUUAGUCAAGUGAACCAUGUGCUACAGAAAAAUUCAAUUGAAAUCGAGAUUCCUAACCUUGAGUGUCAAGAUAUGUGCAUUCAAGCAGAUGAUGGUACUCUGUCUCCAAUUAUUAGAUUUACUGACUAUGAAUAUCUGUUUCAAAAACUUGUAAAUGUGGAUGAUGGAAACUUGUUUUAUUUAGCAAAAAACUGUGGAACUCAGUAUGAAGCUCAACCUGAAAACAUAUCUCUGGACUCAGAUAAGAUUCAGUGUUUUUUUAACAAUACACCAGAAGCUUCAAGUAGUCGCAGACAGUCCUUCAGCGGACCAAAUUUGUCCCUUAGUGGACCUAAUUUACAAAAGGUGCACAAUACAUUUCACAAAGAUGUUGAAGUGCAGACAGAUUCUGAAAGUAAACAAUCGCUGCAGGAAAUGGGAAUUCAAACGGAAGGAGAUUUAGCUUCAUCCAGACCAAGUGUUCGUGAGAUUUCCACAUCCACCAGCCGAUAUAUAACUCGGUGUAGUUGUUCUAGUCGAUUUGAUAGGUCAGAUUCAGAUAGCUCUAAUACCUCAGAUAUUCAGCUCUCUCUUCAAGCAACUAUUGAUAGACUGGAGAAAAAAACUAGAAAAUAUAGAGCCUUGUAUGGCAAAAAGGACUAGAAAUAUAGAGCCUUAUAUGACAAAAAAGGCUAGGAAAUAUAUAGCCUUGUAUGGCAAAAAAGACUGAAUCUUUGCCAUAUCUUUAAUACGCCCCUACUACAAAAGUCCAGGGCUUUAUGUUUUGCAGUCUGUGCAUUUGUUUGUAUGUAUGUAUGUAUUUUCUGUCCUGUAACUUUUCAGAGUUUUGCAUGAAGAUUUUUUAAAUCAGCCAAAAUCCUAGUAUAAAAUUAUGAACUUUUUUGCAUGUUCCAAAUUAACAUUUUGAAAAUCUGUCCAACUUCAGCAUUUAGUUUUUGUGUAGGAUUUUUUUUUUAUAGUUUUUUUAAGACAUGAUUAAAAAUGGGUUUGAAAUACAUUGGUUUCAUUUUUAAUUUCAGCAGUUAUGACCCAUAAAUUAUUGAUUUUUUAUGUUGUAAUGUCAGUUUUAGAUGAAUUUUCAUAAUCAAGUUUUUAGCUUAAUUAGCAUUGAAAAAUGAUUCUAGUUUGAGUUUUUCUAC